UCUCUCGCUAAAAACUAAAAUAUUUUUCUUCUUGCAAAUCAGAUUUUUAUCAAAACAAAAUUGGAAACGAGCCAAAACUUGGAACGAUGUUGAUUUUACAAAAAUUCAAAUGAACUUUUCACUUUUUUCUCUCUAUAGUCUCUUUCUCUUUCUCUUCUCUUCUCUCUUAUUUUAUCAUUUUAUCAUCUCCUUUCUCUCUAUUUCAGUCCAUCCAUUACGUGGAAGUUCAAUUGACAUUCAUCCAAAUGCUCGAUGGCAACAGAAUGGUAUCACUGUCGCUGGAGGAAAUGGACAAGGCAAUGAAAUCAAUCAAUUCUCAAGUCCACGUGGUUUAUAUGUUGAUGAUGAUCAAACAGUUUAUGUCGCUGAUAGAGGGAAUGAUCGUAUUAUGGAAUGGAAAUGGGGUGCAACAAGUGGCCAAGUGGUUGCAGGUGGAAAUGACGAAGGAAGUGGAACUCAUCAAUUGGAUCACCCAAGUGAUGUGAUUGUCGACAAAGAGACAGAUAGUCUCGUCAUCUGUGAUAGUGCGAAUAAAAGAGUGGUUCGAUGGCCUCGUCGAAAUCGGACAAGUGGAGAAACAAUCAUCUCCAACAGCAAUUGUUGGGGUUUGACAAUAGACGAGAAUGGAUAUCUCUAUGUCGUUGACACUGGAAAAGGUGAAGUGAGACGAUAUCGAAGAGGAGAAUCUCAAGGAAUAGUGGUUGCAGGUGGUAAUGGAUAUGGAGAUGAUCUCAAUCAACUCUAUUUUCCACAAUACAUAUUCGUUGAUCGAGAUCAUUCAGUAUAUGUGUCUGAAUGGCACAAUCAUCGUGUGACGAAAUGGAUGGAAGGUGCAAAACAAGGCAUUGUCGUGGCUGGUGGUCAAGGAGCAGGAGAUGGUCUUACACAAUUGUCAUAUCCUGAAGGAGUCGUUGUUGAUCAAUUGGGUACUGUCUAUGUGGCUGAUCGAGGGAGUGGAAGUAUCAAACGUUGGCCCAAAGGAGCCACACAGGGAAACGUCAUCGUUGGUGGAAACGGUCAAGGAGAACAAUCGAACCAACUCAGUUUGCCCAACGGUUUGUCAUUCGAUCGACAUGGCAAUCUCUAUGUCAUCGACUUUGGAUAUAGUAGAGUACAAAAAUUCAACAUCGAAUCCAAUAAGUGA